AAGAGCUCAUAAUUUCUUCACCAACUAACUCCAUAAACCAUUUCUCUUCAAGAUAUUUUAUGGAGUCCUUUCCUUUCUUUUUUUAAUUUGGAGAGAAAAUAAAAAUUUCAAGAAAUCAGAAAAAGAUCUUAGCUUUACCAUUAAUGAACCCCUGUUCUAAGAAGCAUUUAUUUGUUUCAGGUAGCUCCCCAACGGUACCAAAAAAAAAACAUUGCUUUUUAUUUCCUUCUCUAUGCAACCCAAUUUCCUUCAUUUUCCACCUUCACAACCCAACAUAAAAUAUUUGAUAUUUUCUUGAAACUUACUACCACUUCCUUGAUUUUCUUUUUCUCUUUUUGCAGAAGAAGAAAGGUAAAUGAUCCUUGACAAGAAUGAUUCUUGAAGAAACAAAGAUGUCUCUUCUUAUUAUCAUCACCACAUCAAUUUUUCUAGUGACCUCAACUAGAGCUCAUCAUGGUCAUGAUCAUAACUCAACGAUCCGUUGCAGGAAUUCUUGUGGAGUUGACGAGUCAAUCAAGUGGGUUUCUUAUCCAUUUGGGUUUUCAGAUGGGUGUGAAAUUCAAUUGAAUUGCAGACAAGACACAGGAGAUAUCGGGAUUGGUGAAUUCGUAGUUCAAAAUAUAACCCCAAAUGGUAUCUUGGUCUCUCUUCCUGCAAAGUGUAAUCGUUCACUUGAAGCUAUUAGCCCUUUAUUUGGCGAUCACUAUGCACCAGCUUGGAGAAAUGGGUUGCUUUUGCAGAACUGUACAAGGACUUUAAGUAGCUGUUAUAUACCCACAAGUUCUUUUGCAAACCAAUUGCAUAUACCCAGUUGCAAUCCGAGAAGUGAUAAUAUAACCUGCUAUUCUAGAGAGAGAUUAGGAAUGGAUGUUUUGAGUUACAAUAAUUUGAAUUCGGCCGGGUGUAAAUUCUUGUUCUCAUCAUUUGCUGUUGGGUCUAAUAACCCAUCCGUUUCGCUUGAGUUCGAGCGAGUUGAGUUGGAUUGGUGGCUUGACGGAAGUUGUAAACUUAAUCGGAGUAAUUGCUCUAAACAUGCCAAUUGCACAGAUAUUAAGCUUGGUGAUGGGAAGGGAGGUUUCCGGUGUUGGUGUCAAGAAGGGUUCACUGGAGAUGGGUUCAGAAAUGGCGAUGGUUGCCGGAGUGUCUCUGGCUGCAAUGCUUCAAAAUACAUUAAUGGCCAAUGUGGUGGAACUACUAGAGUUGGUGUUCUUGUUGGAGGGAUUAUUGCUGGAGCUUCAUUAAUGGCUGGUUUGGCCCUUAUCUGGUACUUUGUCCGACAACGGUCCACUUCUUUGAGAAACAGAUUGAGUGCAAAGCGCCUUCUUUGCGAAGCUGCUGGCAACUCUAGUGUUCCCUUUUACCCAUAUAGAGAAAUUGAAAAGGCCACCAAUGGCUUCUCUGAAAAACAAAGACUAGGAAUUGGAGCCUAUGGUACAGUUUAUGCAGGAAAACUUCACAAUGAGGAAUGGGUUGCUAUAAAAAAGAUCCGGCACAGAGAUACCGAUAGCAUUGAUCAAGUUAUGAAUGAAAUUAAGCUCCUUUCCUCUGUGAGCCAUCCAAAUCUAGUUCGCCUCUUAGGUUGCUGCAUAGAGGAGGGGGAACCUAUCCUUGUUUAUGAAUUUAUGCCCCAUGGAACCCUGUGUCAGCAUCUUCAAAGAGAGAGGGGAAAAGGGCUUCCCUGGACAAUACGGCUCACAAUUGCUGCUGAAACUGCUAAUGCUAUUGCCUAUCUCCAUUCUGCCAUGAAUCCACCAAUUUAUCACCGAGACAUCAAAUCUAGCAAUAUACUGUUGGAUUACAACUAUAAGUCAAAGGUAGCUGAUUUUGGUCUUUCUAGACUUGGCAUGACCGAGUCAUCUCACAUUUCAACAGCCCCACAAGGGACUCCAGGCUAUCUUGAUCCUCAAUACCAUCAAUAUUUCCAUCUUUCUGAUAAAAGUGAUGUCUACAGUUUCGGAGUAGUGCUUGUAGAGAUUAUAACUGGACUAAAAGUUGUUGAUUUUUCUCGACCUCACAGUGAGGUGAAUUUGGCUGCACUUGCUAUUGAUAGGAUUGGAAGAGGUUGUGUUGAUGAGAUAAUAGAUCCAUACCUUGAUCCAAAUAGGGAUGCUUGGACACUGUCAUCCAUUCAUAAUGUGGCCGAGCUUGCAUUUAGAUGCCUCGCUUUUCAUAGGGAUAUGCGGCCUACUAUGAUGGAAGUGGCAGAAGAGCUAGAGCACAUCAGGCUUAGUGCAUGGGUUCCAAACAUGUACAUGGCCUCGCCAGCAGCUUCCUCUUGUUCUUCACCAGACAAUGGAAGUGAGAGGUCACUAGGUGUUCACUCUAUUAAGAAGGCAGGGGUAGUCAGCCGGAGAUUACUUGUUCCACAAAGACCAGCAGAUUGUUUGACUUCAUUGGAGGAAAUAAAGGAUAGUUCCCCUGUUUCUGUGCAAGAUCCUUGGUGUAGUGAACAAAGCUCACCUUCAGCAAACAGCUUGUUGGGUAAUGCAGUUCAGUAAUAGAAAGUUGGUUCUUUUUGUUACUCUCUGUGAAUAUUAUUGAGUUAUCGUACAAUAUUCAGUUCCUUACUACUUACAGAAAUAUAUAUAUCUAUAUAUCUUGUGAGUUUGACCUA